AAAAAGUCAAGAACCGGAUAUAACCAACUCUUGUUUCCGCAGAGAUCCACUCCGAGCGUGGUUUCGGUGGCCCACCCGAGCUCCUUCAGGCGAGCUCUCCUUAAUACACUUUUUUCUUUUUUUUUUCUCGUUUCUUCCUGUGGCGCUCCACCGUUCGGCUCUCUUCGACGGAUAUUCUGCCCUCAUUCUGUCUUCUGAUUGACUGGUUUAAUCCGUCUUCUCCGUUUCUUGAGAUUGGACCCUACAUAUGAGUAUCCACUGGCCUUAUUCACCUGCCAGAUCUGACAAAUCCAAAGAAUUUUCCCGUUGUUUGGUUGCCGGAGUUAGUAAUGCAGCUAGCCGUUUAUAUAACUCAUGAUGCAAUUCCAUCACCCACUUCGAUUUCCCUGUCAACAGCUUCUUCUGUUGCGCUUGGGUGCCCUUGUUGGUAUAUCAUUUUGGACCCUCUCCCCUCUUGGAAAGCGCGUACAGGAGAGCGGUCGCUUUUCUUCUCAAUUGUCUACCUAAUCUUUGUCUUUCUCUAUUGAUUCCUGUAUAUAUAUACGUAUCUAUACCCACUAAACAACCACCGCAGAUACCCGUCAUUUGA